AUGCUCGGAUGGUUCAGUUCAUUUCGAGAAUAUGGAGCGCCAACAUUUUAUGGAGAGAAUCGUACACCUGUAAUUCUUGACACUCAAAUCUUCGGGCUAUUCGCGAUUUUUGUUGUACCGUCGAUUGCGUUCCUCAUCAUUUUGCCCGGUGUUCGUAAGAAACGUUUCGCAUCGGCAUGCUCCUUCUUUUUCAGUAUGUACGUUGGAGCUACUUUAUUAGGUAAGUCACCGCUUGAAAACUGCUAG